UGCCACUCUAUUCACAUUGUAAUUCGUGGAAAGAAGCUGGCGUACACCGCUUGUCAUCCAGUUGUGCGGAGUUAUUGUGCAUUCACCUUUUCCCCUUUGUUUCAUUUUUUGUUUCUUCCUAUUACUAUUACCCUACUCACUUAGAUCAGUAAAAGUAAUCGUGGAUGUUGAAGCUCCGUUCCAAAUUACUUCUGCGAAAAUGCAUGCGCUCGAGACAAAUACACGUCCAGAUCCCAGCUGUAACGAUACACAAAAAGAGCGCACCUAUUGUGAUUUUUAGCGGCUCUAUUGAUUUAGCCGGCGGUAGCAGCUGCCUGGCGCUAAAAAAGUCUGGUAGAAUCUUUGUGUGUGGCGACAGUUCCGUUAACUGAAUCAUUUAGAUAUUCCCAUCCCGUUAGAAAAAAUGAACAGCAGGCUGCAAGAAAUUCGGGAGAGACAAAAACUUAGGAGACAAUUAUUAGCUCAACAGCUGGGAGCUGAGAGCGCAGACAGCAUCGGGGCUGUUCUUCACAGUAAAGACGAACUAAAAGAGAUCGAAGAGACCAGAGAAACAUGCAGAGCUUCGUUCGACAGCACAGCCCCCCCUUCUAAAAAGAAGCCGCAAACAGAAGGAGAGGACACAGAGGAAGAUGUGGAAGAACAAAAAGAUGAAGUGGAAGUGCAGCAGCCAGAUGAGAGCAACCCCUAUGAGGAAGUGUAUAAAGAUUCCAGUACCUUCCUUAAGGGUACUCAGAGUUUGAACCCUCAUAAUGACUACUGCCAGCACUUUGUGGACACGGGACACAGGCCGCAGAACUUCAUCAGAGAUGUUGGCUUGGCCGACCGAUUUGAAGAAUACCCCAAGCUCAGAGAGUUGAUCAGACUAAAAGACGAGCUCAUUUCAACCACCAACAUCCCUCCCAUGUACCUCCAAGCUGAUCCAGAGCACUUUGACUUGCGAGAACUGAAGGCUCAGUUUGAUGUGAUUCUGCUGGAGCCCCCGCUGGAGGAAUACUACAGAGAGUCGGGCAUUAGCCACACUGAACGCUUCUGGACCUGGGAUGAUAUCAUGAGGCUGGAAAUUGAGGAGAUCUCUGCCAUCCGGUCCUUCGUCUUCCUCUGGUGUGGCUCCGGAGAAGGGCUUGAUUUGGGCCGAAUGUGUCUGAGGAAGUGGGGAUUCAGGAGGUGUGAGGAUAUCUGCUGGAUCAAGACUAACAAGAAUAACCCAGGAAAGACUAAGGCCCUGGAUCCAAAAGCUGUAUUCCAGAGGACCAAGGAGCACUGCCUGAUGGGGAUCAAGGGAACGGUGCGCAGGAGCACCGACGGUGACUUCAUCCAUGCCAAUGUGGAUAUUGACUUGAUCAUCACCGAGGAGCCCGAGAUGGGAAAUGUUGAGAAGCCCGUGGAGAUCUUCCACAUAAUUGAGCAUUUCUGUUUGGGCCGCAGGAGGCUGCACCUGUUUGGAAGAGACUCUACCAUCAGACCAGGCUGGCUGACAGUCGGCCCUACCCUGACAAACACCAACUUUAACCCGGAGACCUAUGCCUCACAUUUUCCUUUUCCGGACUCCCAUCUGUCUGGCUGCACGGAGGAAAUAGAGAGGCUGCGGCCCAAGUCGCCUGUUAAGCUCAAGUCGGAUCGUGGUGGCGGACCAUCCAGAGGGGGGCGGGGUGGGCCAAACGCCGGCAGGGGGGGGGACCGAGGCAGAGAGAGAAACCGACCAAAUUUCCGAGGGGACAGAGGGGGGUUCAGAGGCAGGGGAGGGCCACAUAGAGGGUUUCCACCUCGCUAAAAUCAACGUCAACUAAUGCUUUUUUUGUUUUGAUUAAAAAAAAAAAGAGUCUUUUUUAACACUUUUUUUUAUCAUUGAAAUCUCUGUUAUGGAUUUUGGACGUGUGAUAAGUCUUUUUUUUUUUUUUUUUGGCCUGUGGAUAUCUUUCAUGCAUCUACUGUAUUGACAGAAUAAACUUUGUUAAAUGAAAUAAGUUUAUUUAAUUUAUUCCAACAAGUCAUAGAUACUGCUGUCCUACUUCUACUACACUUCUUAUCGUUGUUUUUCUGCUCUGUCACUACAGCAUGCACAUGGUCACUGAAGCUGAUUGGCUGUUUGCCUCUGUUCAUGUACUUCCUGCGUGCUGUUGAACAGGUACUGGGUUCCUAAAUGAGGAAGGGAGUGGUACAAUUCAAGGAUUGUUGCAUGUCUUGCUGACGUGACAACGCAUUUUAUGCGCAUUGUGUGUGUUCCUGUCAGUAGUCCUUCAAAGAAUGUUUUUGAUUACAUACAAUGGAAAUGGAAUGUCACUUCACAAUUCUUCAGAUAUCUCUCAGAUUUAAUAGUCUUUUUCUGUCUUUGUUGUGUGUCUUGUGCUCACAAUAUUACAAUGUUUAGCCUUUUUUGCAUUUGGCCAGUGACUCAGGGUGGAGAGACAUGGAUUGCUUAAGUGUCCUAAAAAAUCUGAAUUUAUUUAUGAUUGUUUCCUGAAACCAAUCAUUUGGCAGAAGGCUUGGUCAUGAGUUAGUGGUGUGUAAAUACAUUUGCCAGUAUGAUCAGGAACAAUGAGACUACUAUCAAAACAAGGAUGUGAUGUGAAACAGACAGACUCAUUGUGUGAAAACACCUCGGGUCAUGAGACAGUAUUAUGUAGAUGACUUGGAUCGGUGUCCAGUAGUGACGACAGGGCACUCCCAAAAAUGGGUGUAGUAUAAACUUGCUUUGUAAUGCACCUUGUCCGCGCGCUUAACACAUCAACAUGAAUCAAAUAAACAUAUUACAAUGGAUACAUUGUUACUUUGUAAUAAUCAUAAUCAUGAUCCUAAUAUUAAACCUAAUAAGACUAUAAUAAUAUCAACAAUGACAAUGACACACUGUGAUU